AUGUCGGCCUUGACUGCAGCGCUCGAAGCCGCUGCUUCGUCCUCCCUUGCCGCUGCCACGACAGCGGUCGCAGCAACCGCCGCAGCGAUAGCAGCCGCCUCUUCAACCACAUCACCCACAGCAACAUCCAUACUCGACGACUCAAUAGCCAUGGGCUCCGCGGCGGGACCUACAUCCUCCUCGGGGGGCUCAGAGGAUGGGGAGUGCCGACUGCUCGGACCCUUUGCGCUCAUCAUCCAGAUGGCCCUAGGCGGCCUGGCGCUGCUCUCCCUCGUGUACAAGCGCUACCGCGAACGGCCCCAGCGGCCCGUCAAGAUCUGGUUCUUUGACGUGUCCAAGCAGGUCGUCGGCAGCGUCCUCGUGCACAUCGCCAACGUCUUCAUGUCCAUGCUCACCAGCGGGCGCUUCAGCGUCAAGGUCGCGCCGCCCGUCACCGUGCAGACGGCCGCCGCGAUGUUGCUGCGGCGGGCUGUGACGGGUCGAGAUGACGAUACCUACACGCCGAAUCCUUGCUCCUUUUAUCUGCUCAACCUUGCUAUAGACACCACGCUCGGCAUUCCGAUUCUUCUCGUCCUUCUCAGAAUCACGACCGGUCUUGUCUCGUACACUCCGCUCGGCAAGCCCAUCGAGUCGAUCCAGUCAGGCCACUAUGGCUCCCCCCCGAGAGCAGUGUGGUGGCUCAAGCAAUCCUUCAUCUACUUCUGCGGGCUUUUCGGCAUGAAGGUCUGCGUGCUCCUCAUCUUCCUAAUCCUCCCUUGGAUCGCGCGCGUGGGCGACUGGGCCCUCGGCUGGACAGAGGGCAACGAGAAGCUCCAGAUAGUGUUUGUCAUGAUGCUCUUCCCGCUCAUCAUGAACGCGCUGCAGUACUACAUCAUCGACAACUUCAUCAUGGAGAAGGAUCAUGCCGGACAUGGGGCGCACAGGCGCCUGCCUGGAGAGGAGCAUGAGCCGUUCACGAACGAGCUCACGGACAGCGAGGAUGAGCACGAGAGUAGCGAGGACGACGACGACAUGGCAAGCGGCAGUGACCAGAGCGUCAAAAUGUCCCGCUCGAGGUCCUCUUUGCUGACCCAGGGCAAGAACAACGCCGCCUCGGCCACCACCUCCGCCAGCCUCGGCGGUGGCGCCGGCACGAGCAGCAAGAACAAGAAGAACAACAGCGUGGUACAAGAGCGGAAUGAAUACGAUCCAGAUCUGGAUGGGCAGACAGUCGUCGGGAGCACAUCGAGCCGCCGCGAGGCCAAGCUGCCGAAAGAGCUGCUCCCUCACGAGUGA